CAGACGGACGGUGUUUUGGGUCGGCGACGUUCUAAUGAGAAAGCUGAACAGAAACUAUGAUUUUUGGGCAAUCGAAGUGAGUGAGUGUUGGGGCGGGGGGUGUGCAUCUCAAUUGCCAGAAAGUGAGAGCGCAGCGUGCGAGCUGCAUUCGAGCGUCAUUCGGUAUCUGGCAGAUACGUGUGCGGUCGAGCAUUUGAGACGCCGCCGACGCCAAUCGUUGCCAUACAAAACAAAAGCCAAACGCUGACUGAGCUGUGGCAACAUUUCCAUGGAAACUGCCAAACUGCCAACAAGUCUAUCGAUGCUGCUGCUGCUGCUACUCUGGGCACUGCUCUGUGGCGCGACAAUUGGUUCGGCGCUGCCCAAAAGCGAACUGCAAAUGCUGGAGAUGAUGCAGAAUAUUUUGGGUGUGGAUAAUGGUGAUUUGGGUGGCCGCAGCCAGCGAUCGAGUCCCAUAAUGUUUGCCUCCUCCGUGCCCUGUGACGAUAGCUUGGCGGAGGACAGCAGCGACAAAUUGAGUCUAUUCGACGAUGAUCUCGACGAGAGUGAAGAGUGUGGCGACUAUGGCCGACCCUGUGAGCCGGCACCACCCAACGACACACUUGAACCCUGUUCCCGUCCAAUGCUGCCCAUGCAGCAUCCCUGUUUUGUGCGUGUCAUAUUACUGCGCACCCCACUGACGCGACACGAUCCUUGCACAAACUUCACGCUAGGAAUGCAGCAGCCUACAACAACGGCAAUGACAACAACCACAACCACAAGCCCAAGCACAAGCACCACUACCACUUCGAAGCCGAAGCCGAAGCCGAAGCGUAAAAAGUGCAAGUCAAAGCAGCGAAAAGCUGCACCAAGUCCUGCAGCCAAAGACCUGAACAACAAGAACAGCACCACAACAAGCCAAGCAACGACAACCACUGAAGUCGAGACAACCCCAACAAUAACAACAACGCCUCGAGUUGAAAACAGUACAACAGAGAGCACCACUACUAGCACCACCACCACAACAACAACCAGCACCACAACACCAACGACCACAACAACUGAAGAAGAGUUGUCAACCACAGUGGAGAUGAGCACCUUGCCACCUACGACAACAAUAAUAACCACAACGGCGCCAAGUAGCACCACUCUGGGCUACGCAAUGCACAACCAUCUGAAGUCGCUGCGAAGUAGGCGGCGCAAGAAGUUACGUGAUAAACUGGCAAGGGUACCAGAUAAGCCCCAGAUUAAAGUGGAUGGCGCCAUGCAACCCAGUGAUACUUUUCCGGUGUUUCUAAGCAAAGAAACGGCCGAGUUGCGAUCGCGUCCAAUGUCCACCACAUUAGCGCCGGAAAUUGAAACAACAACUGGCUGCAUUGAAGCUUCAGCUGAUGAGGAAACGGCAGCGGAAACCGAUGAGAGCAAAACAAAUGAAGACCAAGAAGACGGCAAAGAAAGUGAAGCAAGCGAAGACUGUGAGGAUGCCGAGGAUCAGGACACAAAUAUAUGUCCACAGUUUUCAGCGCCUGAGGAGGCGGCCAACAUGAGACUUAUGCCGUCGUCAGGUCGUUAUCGCAAGCCCGUCAAGAACUAUGUAGAGCCCAUUCUAUAUGAGGGUCAGUUUGCCAAGCCACGUCAACGGAUUGGCAUGAUGCCACAGCGACGAGAUUAUUACGUGAGCAACAAACAGAUCAUGCCCCGUCCUAGACCCAAGUUCAGGGAGCCUGUGCCCCACUCGAUCUACAUGAACAACAUUGUGCGGGGCCUGAAGUGCAGCGAUGAAGCUGGCAAUCCAGUCACCCUUCCGAUGCAGCCACGACGCUUCCGGACAGGCAGACGACAUGGACCUAGCUAUCCCCAAAUGGUCCCGAAAUCUUCACCGCAAUCAAAUUCCCGGGGUCGUCCUAAUCCUCUGUAUGGACUAAGCUCUGCUGAGGAUCCGGAUGCUUAUGGCAACGACAGCGAUCAGUAUUAUGAUGAUGAGACACCGGAAAGACUUGCCUGGCCACGUGACCAUCCCCUGCAUCCAUCCUCGCCCACUGUAGAUCCGUGUCAGGUGGAGCUAAGUAGUCGGGAAAGGGUGAGAGAUAGGAAAAUGCUAAGGCAAAGGGAGCGAGAACGAGAAGGUGAUAGGGAGAGAGAGAGGAGGGAGAACAGCGAGCAUCUUCUGAACUAUCCACAACGUCUAUCGCCGCGUUUCUUUACCUAGCCCAACAAUUAGCAUAAGCCACUGGCACUAUUAAGCACACAGUAGCACAAUAAACCAUUACACCCCCCAAUAACUUAAUGGCUACCAUUUGAUUGGCACAAAAAAACACGGCAAAAAGCGCAAAGCGGUUUGGGCACGCAGCCACAAAUAGGUUCAGCAGUAAUUGGAAGCAACCCUCUCCGCGGGUCGUCUACGUCAACAGCGCCAAUUCAAUUGCUUAAUAAGAGCGGAGGUUGCCAAUCCACUUGUCAGUCAAUGAGCCGCAAGCACGCGCCCGUAAUGACCAGACGAGGUGAAAUGGCACUGAGGGGCCGUCACCUGAUUGCAUUGAUAUACAAAGCGACUCACAAAACACUUUUAGGGAAUGCCAAAGAAAAUCCGUAGCCAAAUGAUAUGGUCAGGGCUGUGAUUGAUAAGAAAAUUUAUUGACAGCAGCAAACCAGGUUGAUGUACUUACUUUCACACGCACACGUCUCAUGAUGCAAACAGAAACCCAAGCUCUCAGUGCACGGGUGUAGUUGUGGGGCAACUUUAAAAUAGCACCAAAUAGUAAUAAAUUGUACUAUAUUUAUAUUUACCAAGCGUUCAUUGAUCAGCACACUAUACAAUUAUCUUUUUGGUAAAUAUUUAACAGCAAAAUAUUUAACUCCACAAAUACAAGGGACAGUAAGUAAAUAU